AUGGUCAACCUGGGGUUGCGGCGGGUGGAGGACAGCGUAGCCGCCAAGCACCCGGCACUGCAGCAGUACGCGGCAUGCCAGUCCCACGCCUUCAUGAAGGGCAUCGGCACCUUCCUGGCAGCCAGCGGAGCCGCCUUCGCCGUGCAGAAGCUGGUGAACAAGAAGCUGCCGUACAGCCUGCAGUGGAGCCUGCUGCUGGCCGGGGCUGCAGGGUCCCUCGCCAGCUAUGUGGUAACCAGAGCUGAGACACAGAAAUGCUCCGACUUCUGGAUUUACCUGGAGACAGGCAAGUCCCCACAGGAGCUUGCCGUGGCUGGUAGGGUGCCUCAGCCCGCAGAAAAUCUGCCCAGCCCAGAGGACAGAGAGAGCAUGGCACCGCGGGUGAGGAGGAACAAGUACGGGGAUGUUGUGGAGUAGCUAGCAGAGCACAGCACACCGCACCCGGGUCCUGCUUUACUCCUUCCUGCCUGCUCAGCCUGCCUGUGCUGCCUGCGAGACUGGUGGGCUCUGUGGUGCUGCCUGGCAGCUCGGAUGAGUCAAUCCUGCAGUGAGAGCGUGGUGGAGGCACCGUAGGGAUUGCUGCCUCCCAGGUGGCCUCUGAACAUUGCAUGUGGUGGGCACAAUAAAAGUUGAGAGCUGAAAGCACACGUUGUGGAUGAAGAGAAGGCUGGCGGUGGGACAGGAAGAGCUGGGGUGCAGGUGGUAAAUGUCACCCUGAGGCAACCUCUGCAGUAAAUGUUGGAGCAGAGAGCUCUGGUCCCUCUGAGGCCAUGGCACUUGCAAUCCAACAGCACAGGGCUGUGAAAUGACUGCAGGCACGGACGGGUCUGGGCUAA